AUGUUGAAUGACUUGGCCUGCCUCAGGACUCCAACAAUGUCAACAGCUGGAGUGUCAGGGGUGGCAUCACUUGGAGACUCUGGCAGUGAGGGAACCAGUGGUUUAGGAGCUGCAGCUGGGGUUGUAGGGGUAGGUUGGGGUGGUUUUAGAGGGGAAGCAGCUGGUGAUAAUUGGGCUAAAGUUGUGGUGAAAUACAAAAAUGAAACUAGCAAUGCUAGUGAGAAGGAAAAGAGAGAUUGCUUUUGCAUCUUGAUUUUAAGAUCAUCUUCCAUAAAAGAGUAUAAGGCACUUGAAGUGCAGAGUGCUCUUCAGCUGAGUCCAAGCUAG